AAAAUCAGAAAGAAGGAAAAAAAUACUCCCGACUCCGAUUGAUAAGAGAUUGUGAACCAAAGAGGUACGGUCUCGGAACCUAGUAGUAGCAACCUCCCCCGAUGGCCAUUCUCCUGCCUUGACGACCCACUAGCCAACAAGCAAAAACCAAAUCCAGCAAAAAAAAAAAAGGAUGCUCAGCCAGCUCGUCAUGACCCGAGUUCGCCACCUGCUGCUGACCAUCGUCGCCCUGUUCAAAAAGUUGCUGUGCUGCUUCUCCCGGCGGCGUCGACCCUCAUCCACCGGAACUGGUCCCGGUGACGCCCUCAGCUCGGUCAACGUGGUCCGGGAUUCCGCCCGAUACAAGAACGUCGUGGAAAAGGACUGGAACUCGUGGGACGACACGCCGGCCACCGUGGAGGAGCACAUCGAGCGCUACCGGGAGAAGCUGGUGGCGCCGGUGUCCCCGCCGGAACCGCCCCCGGAGGAGCAGAUCGACUUUUUCCAGGACAUGGCGCCGAAGAUUGUGACGCAGACGAAGAUUUGCAUUGCCAGCGAGGGCGAGGGCGGCGGUGGCCAGAGUCAGUUUGCCCGGCUGACGGCCAGCAACGUGGACAUUCCGAUCGGGGACGGGCUGGACGAUUGGGAGGAUGAGGAGGGAGGAGGCGGGCGGGGGGCCGGAUGGGACGAUGCCGACGAGAAUACCACCAAACAGUUGAUCAGGGAGACGCGCAAGGAGUUGCGCCACCAGCGGCAGCAGCAGGCCCGCGGGCAUCAUCAGCACUACCAGAAGUAAGGAGUUCUAAGUUAAAAACAAAUUUGAAUCGUUUUUAGUUUCUAUUGUUUUGGUAUGUUAAGUAUUAAGCGCGCGAUUCAUCAGUUGGAGAGCGAAUAGUUUUGCUAAUUAUUAAAAUUAUAUUUUAUGUGAUUAUUUUUUAGUAAUUUUGAGCAGAAUAAAACAAAUGCAAAAUAUUGCAUGAUUUAAAUAAAACCAUAAAAAA